UUUCUUUUUUUCAUAGGUUGGAUAAGAUAAAGCGACAGUUGUGAUAAACCCUCUCUAUUCCUCAACACUCCACUCUCAAGGGUUUUAGAACAAAUCUACCAGCCCCAGCUUCAUCUAGGUUUACGAAAAGGCUGAGACUGGCUCAUUUUUCUUGUAAUAGCAAUACAAAUAGAGUGCAUCAUAUGGCGAGUCUCAUAACAAUGCCUGCUUUAAGCAACUUAUCCACCAACACUAGCAGCCUAGAACGAACAAAUUUUUCUGCAUCCUCAAGGAGAUAUCGGGGAGUCAGGGCAAUGAGGACAGAGAAACCACUGGAGGAGUUGUAUAAUGUGAGAGUAGAGAGAAAUGUAACAAAAGAUCGACUAAUGGAGCUUGGAGUUCCACGAUGGUCAAUGUGGAAAACUGGCAAAUGUAAGUUACCUUGGGAUUGGCAUGUGGAUCAGCUGGUUUACAUUGAAGAAGGUGAGGUAAGGGUGGUACCUGAAGGAAGCCAAAGAUUUAUGCAGUUUGUCGCGGGAGACCUUGUUCGGUAUCCUAAAUGGUUUGAAGCUGAUCUCUACUUCAAUGACUUCUACCAAGAGCGAUAUAGCUUUCGAGCAUAUGGAGAUAGCUAGUGAAUUUAUUUCCUGCAACUAGGCUCAUAAAGAUUUAAAUUUCCCGGUUUUUGUGGUGUAGUUUACUUAUUAUAAGUUUAUUUGUUUCAUUAGCAUAUUCAGGUUGCUGUUUUUGUAAUACAAAUGGCAGAACAUGGUCUGUCUAUAUGUGUUAGUGGCCAGAUAGCAUUCAAUUUAGUAAACCUUAACUUCUCCUUGGCCCUAGAAAUAAUGUGUUGCACUGUGAUCAACUUUCUAAUCCAUCUGAGAUUGUUUUGCCCGUGUUAUAAUGGACUGCUCAGGGUGAUAAAAA